AUGCCUGCUCGUGUUGCUCGCUCGAGCGUGUCCAUCGCCAAACCGACGAAUGCUCGCAAAAAGUCGCAGAAGCGAACACUCGACGCCUACUCGAUCGCCUCGCACUCCGCUCCCGACACAUACAAAGUCCGCCAGCACCGUUUGGGCGAUUCGGUUGGAGAGCCUCGCCAGAAGCGCAGAAGACUUGAAGAUGACGACGAAGACGACAACGACGAGGAACAUGCCAGCAACGCUCGACGACUGCAACAAAAGACCGUGACCAAGCGGACUGGCACUGGAAGAAGAGGAGGACUGGAUGAAGAGACGGAUGAGGGAAGCGACAGCGAAGGCAACGAGUGGCGCAUGGGUGGUCACAUCGGCGACGAGAGCGACAGCGACCUCGACAGUGACGAAGCCUUUGGAGAGAGCGACGAGGAGCGUUUCGAAGGCUUUACAUUCAGAGGAAGCUCGACUAGCGGCCCGUCGAAAAAGAAGAAGAAGAGACCUCAGGCCACUUCGGAAAUGGAUCUCGACGAAGGCGGUGACAGCGACGAGGACGAAUCAGCCAGCGACUUUGGCGACGAGGGCGUCGACCUAGCCACCAUGCUCGACGAGGACAACGAGGACGACCUUAUACAAACCGAGGAGAAGCACGGCGACGAUUCAUCCGACGAAGACUCUGACGAUGAGGAUGAGGAGGAAGAAUCCGAGGAUGACGAGUCUGAAGAAGAUGAUGAGGAAGAUGAUGCUACCAAGUUGUCUAAGCUGCAGGAUCUGGUCGCUUCGCUGAACAAGGACAACCCGGAGAAGCGUAUCGGUGGACGUACACAAGACGCUCACGAGUCGCAAGAACCCUCAGCAUAUGGAUUGUCCGCCUCGCAGAAGCUCAAGAUCUCUGAUCUGCUACCUACUGUCACCGAUCCCGCCCUUCGCAAGUCGCUCAAGCUCCUCACCGCCGAGAAGACCACUAAGCGCUCUGGCAUCCCUGGAAAGCUCGACGCUCCGCUACCAAAGAGACAGCAGGACAAGCUGGACCGAGCCGCCGCUACUCAGGAGACAAAGAAGACUCUUGACCGAUGGCGCGACACCGUUAUUCAGAACCGCAGGGCAGAGUUCCUACAAUUCCCUCUGGCUGACCCCAACGCCAUUGAGGCUGUCGGUACUCAGAAGAUGCUUCCCAUCCAGCAAGACAAGCCCGCCAACGAACUUGAAAGCGCCAUCCAAAACAUCCUCGAGGAGAGUGGUCUCAGCAACAAGCAAAAACAAGGCAAGGAGGAGGACCAACUUCAGCAAUUCGAGGAGUUGCAAAUGAACAAAAUUCCCAUCGAAGAGGUCAUGGCCAGACGUGCCGAACUUCGCAAAGCAAGAGAAUUGCUCUUCAGAGAGGAAGUUAAGGCCAAGCGUGUCAAGAAGAUCAAGUCGAAAGCCUACCGUCGCGUGCAUCGCAAGGAGCGUGAGCGUGCCGAGGCCGCUGAGCGCGAUUAUCUUGUGGCCGAGGGCAUUGAGGAUGAGGACGAGAAGGAAAAGCAGGAUAGAAGACGUGCCGAGGAGAGAAUGGGCACCAAGCACAAGGACAGCAAGUGGUCAAAGGCCAUGAAGAAGUCAAACCGUUCCGUCUGGGAUGAGGACGCUAGGGAGGGUCUGAUCGACAUGGCCAGACGCAAUGAGGAGCUCAGGAGGAGAAUUGAGGGCAAGGACGUCUACGAUCGUGAGAGCGACGACUCUGACAUCAGCGUCAGCGAUGACGAGGAUGAGGAACUCGACGAUGAUGACCUCGAAAAGGCACGUCUGUCCAAGAAGAUCGACAAACUUGGUGCCAAAGACGGAGAGAAGUCCAAGAUUGGCAACAUGGCUUUCAUGCUCCGAGCUGAAGCGUCGCGAAAGACCCAAAACGACGAAGACAUUGAGAGUUUGCGUAAGGAGUUGGCCGACGAGGACGGCGAGAGCGAAGAAGAGGCAGAAACCACUGUUGGUCGUGCCAUUUUCGGACCUAAGCCUACGCAAGGCUCUGCCAAUCCCUUCAAGACUGCUCCUCGUGGUGAGCUUGAAGAGAACAAGGCUUUGGACGAGGAUGAUACUCGUGAAGUGGAAGCUGAGGCUGAGAUCAAUGUAGGAGGCCAAGCAGACACUAAGCCUGCUUCUCAGUCAAGGAAGUCGCGAUCGUUCCUCCAAAACGCACAGAAAGUCGUCGCCGACGUUGACGAGCCCAAGGAGACAGAAGAGAAUGCCUGGUUGACCGGCUCAUCCAAGAGCAAGAAGAAGAACAAGAAGGCCGCCGACGAAGAGAUUCUCGACCUCUCCAAGGCCGCACCUGUAUCUUCAGCAGCAAAACCCGCCGCUGCCGGAAAGAAGGUCCAGGCAAAGAAGCAAACAACCAAACCUGCAGCCAACGAAGCCACAGCACCCUCAACCGAAGGCUGGGAAACUGUCAAGUACGAUAACGACCAAGAAGAAGCCGAUGCCGAAGAGGACAACAGAGUAAACCCUAUGCUCUCUUCCAAAGACAAGCAAGCCCUCUUCCACCAACGUGCCUUUGCUGGCGACGACGUAGCCGUCGAGUUCGAAGCCGAGAAGGAAGCCCAAGUUGAAGACGAAGGCGACAAGGUCGAAUCUACCUUCCUCCCUGGCUGGGGCUCCUGGACCGGUACCGGUCUUUCCAAGGCAGCGAGAAAGCAAAACAAACGCAUGGCUCACAAUCCUCUGCACAAAAAGGUCACCGAGGGUGUCAAGGCGGCAAACCGCAAAGACGCCAAACUCAACAACGUGAUUAUCUCGGAAGCUCAGCAGAGGAAGGGCAAGAAGUACUUGGCCAGCACGCUGCCUCAUCAGUUUGAGAAGAGGNAGCAGUACGAGAGGAGUCUGCGUGUUCCUGUUGGUCCCGAGUGGACGACCAAGGAGACCUUCCAGCGCAACACUAGGCCUAGAGUUGUCGUCAAACAGGGCAUCAUUGCGCCUUUGGAGAAGCCUCUGCUGUAG